AAUAAAUUCAGAUUAAUUUAAAUUUUCAAAAUCCAUCAAAUAAUUUAAUUUCAAAAUUUUUCAAUAAGAAGCUUAUCAGACGAUUAAUUGAUGAUUUACUAAUGACUCGAAACACUCUCUAAAAAUGUCGUAUACAAUAAGUAGCAAUCAGAGAUCUCCUCAGAACAGAGGUGCACAUACAGCAGCUAGUGGACAAGUCCCGCCUGCUAGAGGAACCUACGUUGCUCCAGAUAGACCAGCACCGCCUCCUAGAGGAACUUACGUGGCUCCAGACAGACCAGCCCCGCCUCCUAGAGGAACUUACGUGGCUCCAGAUAGACCAAUCCCGCCUCCUAGAGGAACUUACGUGGCUCCAGAUAGACCAGCCGCGCCUCCUAGAGGAACUUACGUGGCUCCAGAUAGACCAGCUCCGCCUCCCAGAGGCACUUACGUGGCUCCAGAUAGACAAGCCGCGCCUCCUAGAGGAACUUUCGUGGCUCCAGAUAGACUAGUCCCUCCAGCAGCACGCCCCCCUGCUUUCGAUAGUAAUUUACCGAGCUCAGGAAGUUCAGAAGAAUCUGGACCACCUUCUCUUACAGCAGGGAGAUUGAGACGCGCUCCUCCAAAUGUACCUCCUUUUCAUUAUGAAUCACGUACAGAUGAAGUACCAGAAGAGACAGAAUACGAAGACGACGUUUUUGAACCUCAUCGACCAGCCCGUUUUCGACUUGGAAGAAUUUUUCCGGGAUAUCAGAGAGAAUUUUAUUACCUUUAUGCCGAAAAAGUAAAAGAAUAUGACUUGUUGUGGAAUGGUUUGGUUGAAAUACUAGAAACAUACCAACCUUUUACAAUUGCUCAAGAAAUCACGUGCCCAUUGGUUCUAAUUGAAACUAUAAAACAGCUUAUUAUUGGGCAGAAAUUAUUUUUCCAUAAGUAUAAAAUUGAUGUGACGAUAAACAACAUGACAAAGAGCUCUAAUUUCUGGCUAGUUAUUGCAAAAAUCAAACGAUUACAUCAACAUAUUAAGCAACUUCAUUAUUUCAUGAAAGAAGAAAUCCAUAAGGCUGUGCAAGAAAAUUAUUUACUUCUAGAUCAACAUUUACACCUUGACUCUUAUCUGACUUACUUGGAGAAAAAGAAGCAGUUACUGAAUGAAGCUUUAACCAGUUAUCCGUAUCUUGAAGCAUUAAGAGAUGAGGGCGUUAAUGAGAAACGAUGGUCAGAUCGACUUCGGCAGAAAUUAAUAGGAGCUGUUGAAGAACUCAAUCAAUAUAAAGAAUCGGUGUGUGACACGUACGAAAGAAAUAUACUGGCUCUUUGCGGGCAGCAGGUUCAAAUGUGUAAAAUUGGAGAAGAAUUAGCAGUUAAUGGUUUGUUUGAUGCUGCUAUUAAAUCUGUGCUGGGAGAAAGUCAAGGUGGCGAACAAGUGCUAGAGGAGGACGAUGAAGAAGUGAUUGAGGAUUGGACAUACACUUUAAGUGAAGUUUAUUCUGGUCGACAAGAUCAUUUGUUAAAUGCAAUUGAAUCAUGUGAAAAUACUAUGCGUCAAGUAACAGAUCAACAAAUAGAAUUGCUGAUUACUAAAGAAAAAACAGAACAAUUAGAUUUUGAGGUAAGCCUUUUCACAGACAACUCUGCCUUGAAAAUUGAAAAUAUAGAUCGAUUGAAGGAUAUUAUAAGAAAAAUACGUGCUCCAAUGAGGAGGACACGUGCUCCAAUGAGAAGGACUGAAGAUGCAGAUGUUAGUGCUAGAAUGGGCAUUAAUUUGCCUUACGAAUCGUUUGGUCAAGGCUUAUUAGAUAAGAGUCAUUUGUUUAGCACUCCCGAACGUCCUGUAGUUGUACCUGCUGCUCCAGACUUACCUCCUGACGAUCAACCAUUAAUACAGCCGCCGCAGUUGAGCUCCAUUCAAGGAGCUCCAAGUUCUGGUGUUGCAGAGGCUGACUUAAUAAUAGAUGAGGCUUUUGAUUUCUUCGACCAGUCGCCUGCAAGAGAAGUUCCCGAUCAACCACUCGAUUUGUCAAGAAAACAAGUCGUACCAUCUCCCAGGGAAAGUCCUGGUGAUGCAGAGGCAGCAAUGGUGGGAGAUGCUUUUGAAUUUCUCGAUGAAUUAUCUUCAAGUGAGGUUUCCUCGCAACCACUUCAAUCAACUCUCACAAAAACAGCUGAAACAAGUCAGCCUCGUGAAGAUGACUUUCCUAGUGAUUAUUCAUCAUUUGCUGCUGAUCCACCCCAGUCAGUUUUCUUUCCAAUUUCUGAAAGGGUUAUUCCUAAAACAAAGACUCAAAGGUCCUUAAUUCCGAAACUAGAUCCUUCUCGAAUGAGAAAAUCUGGUAGAUUUCAACCUGGAUAUGGUAAAACAGACAGACCAUUAUAUGCUAUUAGCGAACAACCAACAACAAGCAAGACUAUCCGCCCACCAAAAGGUAAGAAGAAAGGGCAACCACCCAAAAGACAACCAUGGAGCUCUUCAACUCGAAUACCUACUCGUGGCAUAAGGACAAAAACGACGCAACCUAUGCCACGAUCUGUAAAAAUGAAAUCAAGUCCGACUCUUGGAGUGGCAGGUGCAAGUAGAAUCCCUAAAAUGAAAGUAAAGCCAAGGCCAAGGUCGUUAAUACCAAUGCGUGUCCCUCAUGCACCAUACGAACUUACAAGUCCUCGUACACCUUUUAGGACGUAUAACGUUCCACGUCCACGACCACAACUGGGACAAACAUUUGAUACAUCGUUACAAUUGAAUCUACGAUCUGAUGAUUGGAGACUAAGAAGUAAACAUUCUAAACCCCAAACUUCUCGAAUCCCUGAAGCUGUACAACAAAGCGAUAUAACUUUUCAUCCUACUCCUCCAAUAUAUAGAAGAGGAUGGCUAAGAGCAAGAGAUCCAAUAGUUCCACCGUUUAUUGGCCCGUUGCCCACUGCUGCAGCUCAAGCAAGUAGAACGACUGGAGCUGCACCACAAAUGGAUGGAACAUUUACAGCUGCACCACAAAUGGAUGGAACAUUUACAGCAGCACCAGAUAUGAACAGAACAAUUGCAGUUGCACCAAAAAUAAAUAGGACAUUUCGAGCAGCACCAUAAUUGAUAUUUGAGUUCAAAACAAGGAAAGUAAUAAUGAUUAAUAUUUAAACGCAAUGAGUCAUCAGUUUUAUACAUCAGUUAUCAGUUUUAUUCAGAAAGCUUUCUAAAAAUAGUUUUAAUCUCUCAUGCAGCCUGAAGU